UGGGACCAAAGUACUCAUUGUGUUCUCUCGAGCUGGAAUGUCCACAUGUCUCUUCAAGAGAUUUAUGGUGGAUGGUACCGAUCCAUCAGACCUGACUAUUGAUUGACAUAGACUUCACUCGUGUUGUGUCUUACUCUGGUCCCAUCAAGUAUAGGAGCCUCAGGGCAUCACCGGGAACAUGGUAAACAUUUUGUGCAUUUCCUGAGCUCUUGUGCCAACCAGCUAAGCUGCAAGAUGAUUCGACUUCCACGACACAGCAGAAUAGAAGAUCAGGACGAGGAGAGUUAUUUGCCUUGCUGAAUUCGAUCAGCUGUGUCUGAAUAGAACGCAUCGCGAUAGUCACGGUCGUCGCGCCUUGCAACUUGCAUUCAUCGUUGUCGCGAUCUACCUUCGGCCUAGAAAUCUUUUUGCGGAGCUCUGAACUUGAACUGGUUAAUUACGUAAAUAAUAAUACCUGAGACGGGUUGGUUGUAAUAUCAUGAACUUUAUUGGAAUGGUGAGAUCCGAUAGGUAACUGAAUUCUCAAGCUGCCAGUUAUCGUGGCAAAUGCAUGGCAAAGGCCAACAUCGUUCAGGCUCCGGCUUUUUCGACGAUUCAUACAAACUAGUCAAACGAUCUUAUCUGCUUCUCUGGCGGCCCCGGAGGACGAGAGAAUACAGUACACAGCCGAGCACCAUGAUCCUAAGAUGCAUCGUGUAUCACAGAACUGGAAGGGCAUUAGAUACAAAGGACAUGUUGACUUCCACUUGAGGUAGAAGACAUACUCUGAGUAGGAAGGUACGAAGCCAGGACUAGUGUUGACUUAACAAACGCUUCAUGAUAAUACAUCUGACUCUGUUGCCUU